AUGGAAGCCGUUUGCUCUUUUCAUGGCUGCGAGCAGGUGCUCGUGGAUGUAAAAUACAUCCUCAAGGCCACCAGAGUCGCUGUCGAACGUUUCAGACUCGUGCUGCGAGCUCUUUUGGGGAAGGAAAAGUACAAAGCUCUGAAAGAGGAAGUUCAGACGCUCAAGGCGGAACUCCUGAAGGAAAGAGCUCAGAAGCUCCAGCCGAGGGCUGCGCAGCAGAAUGGCCCGACAGAGCUGGUGAAGCCACUGGAAGAGGCGUGCGAGAAAGCGCAAGAUGCCCAGUCCAAGGGAGCAAGACCCUUUGCAAGACACCGAGUCCAAGGAGUCCAAAGCCGAGACGGCGGUGCAGAAGGCCCAGAAGGCCCGCGCCUGAAGUUCCAGAGCGGCGCCUACAGCAUCGCGAAGGCGGCCGUGAACGCGGACAGCUACUUCCUCGGAAACGGCGCCUCGCUGGGAGUCGCCGACGGCAUCAGCGAGUGGGAGGUUCGCUUUGGCCUGGUCCACGGCAUGCUGGGACGCAGGAUUCCCUCAAACGCAUUUCGGUGA